AAUUGAGUUUUAAGGGUUGUUAUUUUUCUACUCGUAUUUUUCUACUCACACCAGCUUUAAACUUUAAAUUAGUGCAUUAGAUUUAGAAAUGUCAGGUAGAAAUAAAUGCGUUGUUCAUCCUUGUCGUGAUACUUACAAUUCGUCCUGGGAUAAAGAAAAUGGAGUAACAUUAUUCUGUGUUCCCAAAAAUUUUGUAGAGAAGUGGAAAGAAGUGAUCCCCUAUUUAAACAAAUCGUCCUAUGUUUGUUCACGUCAUUUCGAUGCAGAGGAAAUUGAAAAGGGAAAAGAAAUUUUGAAUGUUUUUCAUCCUUUUGUAAGGUGGAAACUGAAAACGGGUUCUUAUCCCAAGUAUAUGUUGCUGCCCAGUGAUUAUCCCCAAGAACUAGUUAGGAAACGAACAACAAGGGAAAGUGAUCAAGCUACUACUUUGGUGCCACAGAAAAGGAGAGCGUUGAUGGAUUUACCAAUUUGUGGCAAGCAAGAAAAUGUAAUGAUGCCUAAGGUAGCUGUAAUUUCGAAAAGUAGCCCACCUCUUGCUCAGCCUCCUGAUCUGGUACUUGCAAAGCCACCUGAGGAAGCUGUGCUAGUUUUGCUACCUAAAACUUUUUCACAUCAGGUCCAGGCAAUUAAACAUGAAGAAAUCUCUUCUGAUCCUGAGUUAGUUUUAGCAACGGCAGACAUUAUUGAGAAUCCUGUGCCAAUGCAUGGAUAUUUGCUGGCUGAGGAACCUAUGUCAAUUGUUUUUCCUACAACAAUAUCUGUCCUAAGCCAGGUUGAAGAACAAAGUGAGUUUCCUGGUGAAACCAAUCCCCUUGAUCUCGUUCGACAAAAUCGAUUUAUGUGUUUGGUUCCAGAAGUAGUCGAUAAGACGCCAACAACUAUAAAGCAUACUGAGCAUAUACAAAAACACGUAGAUGGUGUGGAAGCUGUGGAGCCCCUUUCAUCGACCACCGAAACAAGACCCACAACAGUAAUUUCUGUGUGUGACGAACGCUCGCUGCUCUACUGGUCUUCAUUCGUUAGACUACCUUCCAUUUCUUGGGGGUGGUCUUUCAACCAAGGACUUGAAACUGUUUUUUGCACUGGCUACGGUAAAUCUGAAAAAUUAGCCACAGUCAUCGUGAAAACCAUUGCUGUCCGUUUAUCGGGAGAGCUGUUCUACCUAUUCAAUGGGAUUAGUAUAUCACAUUGCGAAUUACCGCCGAAAUUUUCAACGUUUGAAAGGCUUUCCACCAUUAUACAGUUCUUCGACAAACUGAAGCCAUGCGAGGGUAUCACUAUCCCAUCAGCAAAGCUAACAAAAUAUUCAGAUGACUUCGUUGGUGUGAAAGACAAAAACGGAAAUUGGCGUUCUAAAAGUUGUGCAUAUGUCUUUGACACAAUAUAUGUCGCUACAUCAUGCACGCGUUGCCGGGCACUGAAGAGAUAUUUUCUGCAGAAGAUAGGAACGUUGCAAUUAAAAAAGAAAAAAGAAACAAUGAACGAGAAAUGUCGAAAAUUGCGAAGCAAGCUGAACACAAUGGAAAAGAAACUUGAGAAAAGCAACCUAAAUGUGAAAAAUUUACGCAGUGACUGCAAGAAACUUUUGAAGGAAAAGAAAAGUGCUUUUCAGAACCAGAUGGGACAUCUUUCAGAAAUGGUGAAUGGUGGUAGUUUUAUUAUUUUCAAGUAGCUAGUAGCUCAUUAAAUGUUUCUUAUAUGACAUUUGGUGAUUUAUUUUACUACAUCUUAAUCAUUUCUUUUUUCAAUGACUAUUUUCUCCAAAUUUGAUUUGAAAGUUAUUAUUCGCGACUGACAAUUUUUUUUACAUUCUGUUUACAAACAAUUUAAUUGCGCAUUAUUUAUUCUCCUGUAAUUUUCAUUUCAUAUCGCAAUUUGUGUUUUGUUUGCUGACCAUAAUGUAACAAUUAUUAUGUUGUAUGUUUCCUUAUGUGUUAACAAAAAAUGUAAACGUUAGCAUUCAAAAUCGAGAUUUGUUUGAGAUUAGUUUCAUUAGAACUUUUGUAUUAGAUUUUAUUACGCAUAUUUUUUUUCAUUUAGUUUUAUCAUUUAUAGGAACAAAUGGUGGUCCGCACGUUUCUUGUUAAGGGUUCAAUAGAUCCAGCUAAAGAUAAGAAAGGGAACACUAUGAGGUAUGAAAAUGUUUAUCUCAUCAACUGUGUGCUGUUCAAGAUGAAAAGCAGCCGAGCCUACAAAUUCCUACGAGAAAUGCAGCUCCUACCGCUGCCAGGAUUGUCUACCAUACGAAGAUUAAUGAGCUCAUCACAAUGUGUUUUGGGCUUCAACAAACUAGCCUUGGAAAACAUUUGUGAAGCAAUGUCAGGAAAAUCUGCACAUGAACGUUGGGGUGGAGUAAUGUUAGACGAGAUGGCAAAUGCCAAAGGAAUCGAUUUCGACACAUGUACUCUUACUUGGAAGGGAACUGUAGAUUAUGGUGGAGAAAUCUCCGACUUGGUUCCCAAUGGCCUUGCUGACCAUAUCCUGGUAUUUGUUUUUCGACCCUACUUAGCUGGUUGGAUACAACCUUUCGCUUGGUUCGGUACCAAAGGUGGUGCCUCUGGUACUAUCUUGGUAGAACUAAUCAUCAAAGCUUUUGCAUGCCUACACAAUCAUGGCGCAAUUGCUAAACAUGUCGUUUUUGAUGGAAAUCAAACGAACAAAUCGUUAAUGAAGCAAUUUGGAAUAUCGGGAGAAGAAGAGGGAGCAAGUUGCCUUGAUCAUCCACUUCAACCUGAUUCCAAAAUUCAUUUUAUGGUGGACGUUCCACAUUUAUUGAAAGUUGUAAGAAACAAUAUGGAAUCACAUCGUUGUGUACAGUUCCAGGGACAUUUGGUCAAUUAUAAACAUUACGAGGAAUUGUUUGAUUUCGCAAAGACGAAGCAAAUCACCCUUGGAUAUCACCUAUCCUACGCUCACAUCCACCCGAACAACUUUCAAAAAAUGAAUGUUCGUUUAUGCGCACAACUAUUUUCAAACAAAACUGCGAUGGCGUUCAACAUCCUAAGGAAUCAACAAGAAGACACAGAAGUUGGAAAAUUUAUAAAAUCAAAUUUUCAAGGGACAGAAAACAUAGAACGCCUCACAAAAAUGAUGAAUGACGUGUUUGACAUACUAAAUCUGCGCUUCUGUAAAGAGGGAAUUGUCCAUGCGACUUGGGAAAAUAAAAAAGGCAAAUUGAAUCAAAUGCUGCAAGCCCUCUCAGAAACUGAGCGUGUUUUUGAAGAACAUGGAAAGAAUGUUAAAAUGUUCGUUUCCGAGACUAGUCUUCAAGCCUGGCGUCUAACUAUAAAUAGUGCAAUAAAUCUGAUCGAGGAGCAAUUCAAAGCAGGAAUUAAAGUUGUACUAACAGGAAAAUUUAAUCAAGAUCCUCUAGAGAGGCUGUUUGGAAUCGUUCGUUCGGUAGAUAGCCACCCAACGGUGACAUCUUUUUUGCAAAUCAUUCGAUACGUUUCUCUACAAUCUCGCCUGAGUUUUCUUAUGAAGCAAGUGAAAGGAAGUAAUAUCGACAAUAAGGAGCCACUUGAGAUGCUGGUAACGAUGUCCCAGUGUCUCCAACAACACGCAAAAGACAUUGACAUCACCGUGAAGGACUUUAAGGAAGCCAUCAAAGAUAAGUUGCUCGCCGAAUUAACUAUACGUUAUGUAGACGACAUACCAAAAGGAGGUAAAAAUGAUUUCAAUUUAAACUUGAUGGUGUAUGACCUUUGUGGUUACAUCGUAAAAACGAGGAAACAUUUAACUGCUUGCGAAGUCUGUAAGAAUUUGGUGCGUUGCGACGAACUUGACUUACCUAAAGAUUUCACUGCUGACCAAUAUACAGCAAUGAGAAAUCGUGGUUAUCUAGUCUACGUAACGGUACCUUUUUUAAAACUAUUCUUGUUGUUGAACUGGCAAUUCAAUCUCAUUUUGAAGAUCUCAACCACAUCUACAUCCACGAUUCAUUUGAAUUGUGUUGUGCCAAAAUUGCUGAGUUACACACUGUUCCACUUUUCUGUGACGAACACAGAGAUUAUAACCUAA